AUGACUCUUGUACAGUCCCCUGUGGCUCUUCCCUCGCUCUCAUAUGUCGGACCUACCUCGGAAUCAAUCAAGGGCCCUUCCGACUUGAAUGGAGGAACUACUGUGACCGUGGAUAGCGAUAUCCAUGAAUCAUCAUCAGAAAAGGCCGAGAAGCUUCAGUUCGAACUAGAGGAGCACCCAGUGGAUGUGGUGCGACCCAUCAAGGUGGGUAUCAUCGGUGCGGGUCUUUCGGGGAUCACUGCAGGCGUGUUGCUUCCAGCAAAAUUACCAGGACUGGAUCUUCGCAUAUACGAUAAGAAUGCCGAUGUGGGAGGCACAUGGUUCGAGAAUACAUAUCCCGGUGUUCGAUGCGAUAUCCCCGCGCACGUAUAUCAAUCCAGCAUCUCGCCAAACACGCAAUGGACAGAAGAAUUUGCUCAAGGCGCUGAGAUUAGAGAGUACUGGCAGGGCGUUGCGCGGAAGCACAAUGUGUACCAGUACCUUCGCCCCGGGCAAAAAGUACAGAAGGCCGAAUGGCAGCCUGAGAAAGGGAAAUGGAAAGUCACAGUGGAGCAUGUGGAUGGUUCAAAGGUCUAUGAAGAAGAGUUGGAUGUGGUGAUCAACGCCAUCGGCCAUUUCAAUGCCUGGAAAUUACCCGACUACGAAGGAAUCGAUAAUUAUAAGGGAAGCCUGUUUCACUCUUCCAACUGGGACCAAGGCAUCGAUCUGAAAGGCAAAAGAAUUGCCCUUAUCGGCAACGGCGCUUCUGGUUUGCAGGUCUUGCCCUCAAUCCAACCGUUUGCUAGCCACGUCGAUCAUUACGCUCGGAAUCCAACUUGGAUUGCGGAUUCUUUCAGCAGCGGCAAUGUGGGAGUUCGUCGAUUGGAGCCAAAUCUGUUCUCUGAGACCCAGCUUGAUACAUGGAAAGAUCCCAAUGCGUAUCUGGAGUACCGGAGGGAUGUCGAGAAGGGAUAUUUCCAACGCUUUGGAGCUAUCUUCAAAGGCACACCUGAGAAUCAAGCACUGCGUGAGAAAUGGACCGAACUGAUGCUGAAGCGCAUCGCAGGCAAGCCUGAGUUGGGAGAAAAAAUCAUACCAGACUUCCCUCCCAACUGCCGUCGCCCAACGCCAGGGCCAGGAUAUCUGGAGGCAUUGGCCAAAGAUAACGUCGACUACAUUCAGACGCGCAUCAAGCGAUUCACCGAGAAAGGCAUUGUGACCGAGGAUGGUGUGGAGCGAGAAGUCGAUAUCACCAUCUGCGCAACAGGAGCCAACGUUGAUCAUGCACCUCCCUUCUCCAUCAUCGCCGAUGGAAUCGAUCUGAAGACAGCCUGGAAGAAAGAUGGCAAAUUCGGAUUCCCUUACUCAUAUUUGGGCUUCGCCACCCCUGGGUUCCCCAAUCUCCUCUGGCUUGGCGGUCCUUACUCCUCUGGCCACAGCGGGACUGUUCCCAACAACGUCGAGAACCAAGUCACAUACAUCGCCAAAGUGCUGCGCAAGAUUCGAACUCAGGGAAUCAAAUCUAUCGUUCCGGCGAAACAAGCGACCGAUGAUUUCGUCGAGUACUGCGACCAGUUCUAUCCACGCACUGUCUGGUCGGCGAACUGUAGUUCGUGGUAUAAUGGUGGCCAGCCCGGCUCUCGCAUUCAUGGUCUCUUCCCUGGCAGUGCAUCGCAUUCGAACUAUAUUCGCAGAGAUCCUCGUUGGGAGGACUGGGAGUAUACCUAUGUGAACCAGAGUGGCAAUCGGUUUGCAUACUUUGGUAAUGGGUGGACUCAGAAAGAAUUGACCCCUGAGGCUGAAUUGACACCCCAUUUGAGAUUGCCUGAAGAUAUUGAUUUAAAGUCUCAUAUGGAGGGAUGGUGGGAUGUUUGA